AAGGAAAAAAGUUUGAUGGCGUGUGCUCGCAACUCAUUUCCUUUUCCCAAAAAGAAAAAAAGGAGGCACAAUAAAUGGCGUCAAAGCCGCGGGCCUUCGCGAAGGUCUUCCUCCCGGUGCUCCCGCCGCCGCCCCUCAUCACUGCUCCCGUCUUCCCGCGGUUGCUGGCCGACGACACGAGCCGCGGGCGCGGCGGCGAUGUCGGCAGCGGCGACGCCGCCGGCGCAGGCACCGAGGAAUUGGGAGGGACUGGUGGACGAGGCGCUGGAGCGGGAGGUGCUGGGCGCGUGCCUGGACCAGGCCCCCGAGCGCCGCCGCGUCCGCGAGGCAUUCAAGGACGUGCAGCUCAGCAUCGACCAUUGCCUCUUCAAGGGACAAUAUAGUGGCAUUGGAACAAAGGAGUCAUAUGAGCGGAACUCUAGGGGCGUGGAGAUUUUCUCGAAAUGUUGGUUCCCAGAGAAUCAUUGCAUGAAAGCAAUUGUUUGUCUCUGUCAUGGUUAUGGAGACACCUGUACCUUCUUCCUUGAUGGGGUAGCUAGGAAGAUUGCUUCAGCUGGAUAUGGAGUAUUUGCACUUGACUACCCUGGCUUUGGUCUUUCGGAAGGACUUCAUGGAUAUAUUCCAAGUUUUGAUACUCUUGUUGACGACGUAGCUGAACACUUCGCUAAGGUCAAAGGAAAUCCUGAACAUAGUGGUCUGCCGAGCUUUCUAUUUGGUCAAUCUAUGGGUGGAGCAGUUGCAUUGAAGGUUCACUUCAAGCAACCAAAUGAUUGGAAUGGUGCAAUACUAGUUGCACCCAUGUGCAAGAUUGCAGAUGAUGUGGUUCCACCUUGGCCUGUUCGGCAAGUUCUAAUUUUUAUGGCCAAACUUUUGCCCAAAGAAAAGCUUGUUCCUCAAAAGGAUUUAGCUGAGUUGGCAUUCAAAGAGAAGAAGAAACAGGAGCAGUGUUCAUUCAAUGUGAUCGCCUACAAGGAUAAACCAAGGCUCCGGACAGCUUUGGAGAUGCUGAAUACGACACAAGAAAUAGAAAGACGUCUGGAAGAAGUUUCUCUGCCCAUGAUAAUAUUACACGGCGAGGCUGAUUUGGUUACUGACCCGGCCGUGAGUAAAGCUCUGUAUGAGAAAGCAAAGAGCCAAGACAAGAAGCUGUGCCUCUACAAAGGUGCAUACCACGCCAUAUUGGAAGGUGAGCCAGAUGAUACAAUUUUCCAAGUUCUCAAUGAUAUAAUCUCUUGGCUGGAUCAGCAUGCAACAAAAGGUCAAGGUUCGUCGUGAAUCACGCAGUGGGCCGUCCAUCAGGAUUAGGUGAAUUUCUUUGGCAUUGCUGUCAGGGAUAUAAUCUUCCUGUCAGGGAUCCCCAGAUCCAACGAUCGAGAAUUACAUUUUUGUGACAACCAUGUAAAAUUCUUAGUUCUGAUUAUUAAUUUGUCCAUCAUGUAUCUGAGCGAUGUACAUAACUGAUCCACGUGUAUUUAAUUACCAUGGAUUAUUUAAGAUAAAUUUCAGUUGUAAAACGCC